AUGCCAUCGACCGCAGAUCCCGGGUGGUGGAAGAGGCCACGAAUAUUCGUGCUACCGGUUCUCCCACCCGAGCUUUGGAUAGAAAUAUUCGAGUUCGCGACGUACGUCCCCGGAGCCUUACAAUCCCAGUCAUACAACCCCUUCGAAACCGUUGUUCCUCUCCCGCAACUAGAAGAACUUCGUUCUCUCAAGAUUGCCUACAGAACGAAGCGAUCUCUGGUCCUCGUAUGCAAGCGUUGGCGGGACCUCGCCCUACCGAUCCUGUAUCGAGUUGUCCUUGCCGAUGGCACCAAGGCGCUCCUCUACCUGUACCGCACCCUAACGUCCGACCUCGCGACAUCUCUUCGAACACAUGUCCGCAGACUAAUUUGCCGCGUCGAGACUGCUGAAAAGCUCCUGGCGUCCGACCCGCUUCCAGAUGUGAUCAAGGCAAUCCCGAGUCUUGUUAUAUUCAACCUGUGGUUGACGAACGGGACAUCGUAUUCCAUGCCGGAUGACGUGCUCUUAGCCGUUGCAUCCCAGGGGAAGUCCAUCCGGGUCCUUGACUGGACGCCUAGUCUGCGUGAUGAAUAUGAUCUCACCGGAUGGAGACAAAUGUUAUCAUCCCUGCCCAACCUGAGGAUCCUCAGGUAUGGAUUCGGUGGGAUGUCGCCAUCCACCGCAUCCGCUCCACCAAUACGACUGCCCAACCUGACCUAUUCAACUUGGGACACCUUUGGGAGGCAUGGUCGUCUGACGCCCGAAGACGAUUUAACCGGGCUGCGGGCGCUCGAAUUCAUCUCCACUUCCGCGCUUGUGCCUCCUCAUCUCGGGCGUAACAUCACUUCGCUCUCGAUGCCAGUCGUGCCACAAAAUGCCAACGAGGUUAUCGCCCGGGUACUCUCGGCAUUGCCCAACGUUACUCACCUUGUCCUAUGGUCGCUUGUCUGGGCCAUUAUCCCCCACGCUCUCUCCCUACCGAAGAAGGUCCAGAAGUUGGGGCUUUGCUGGUGGUCUGGACAGCGAGACAAUAAUGAAGACUACGCAGGUCUUUUUGAGAACAUAUUUUCCAUCCAUGCGCCCGACCUCGAAACCGUACGGUUUGUGGGCUGGGAUGAAUGGGGGGCUCUCUCCCGUCGGUCCCCGCAAGUGUUAUCGCGGUUCCGAGAACUGGCCCCAUCUCGUACCUUCAGAGUCGAAGAUAGGGAGGGCAGGCUCCUGGUGGACUUGUGGGGUCUGAGCUAA